AUGGAGACCACGAACGCGACGUCCUUUGCGUCGCCGCUGGCGAACGCCAAGUAUGUCGCCGGCGCGCUGCCCGUGCAGUUCGAACCUGUGAUCAACGCCAUUGCCAAUGCCAGCAUUUGGCAGAUCCUGUUGGGCUUGCUGGUCACGGCUGUCCUCUACGACCAGAUAAGCUACAUCUGGCGCAAGGGCUCCAUUGUCGGCCCGGCCAUGAAGCUGCCCUUUAUGGGUCCCUUCCUGCAGAGUGUGAACCCCAAGUUCGAGGAGUACUAUGCGAAGUGGCAGAGCGGCCCCCUGAGCUGCGUCUCUGUCUUCCACAAGUUCGUGGUCAUUGCGUCCACUCGCGACAUGGCCCGCAAGGUGUUCAACGCCCCGAGCUUCGUCAAACCCUGUGUCGUCGAUGUCGCCCACAAGCUGCUCGGUGCCGACAACUGGGUCUUCCUCGACGGCAAGGCCCACGUCGACUUCCGCAAGGGCCUCAACGGCCUCUUCACCCGCAAGGCCCUCGAGUGCUACCUGCCCGGCCAGACCGACGUCUACCGCCGCUACUUUGAGCGCUUCGUCCAGAUCACCAAGGACCACGACGGCAAGCCGGUCCCCUUCAUGCCCGAGUUCCGUGAGGUCAUGUGCGCCGUGUCGUGCCGCACCUUUGUCGGCCACUACCUCCCCGAGGAGUCGCUUAAGAAGAUCGCCGACGACUACUACCUCAUCACCGCCGCCCUCGAGCUCGUCAACUUCCCCAUCAUCAUUCCCUUCACGCGUACCUGGUACGGCAAGAAGGCGGCCGACCUGGUUCUGCGCGAGUUUGCCAAGUGUGCCGCCAAGAGCAAGGUCCGCAUGCGGGCUGGCGGCGAAGUCGACUGCAUCAUGGACGCCUGGAUCAAGACCAUGAUCGACUCGGAGCGCUGGCGCGAGGCCGAGGCCAAGGGCAACACUGAGGGCCUCGAGAAGCCGUCCCCUCUGGUGCGCGACUUCAGCGACUAUGAGAUCUCGCAGACCAUCUUCACCUUCCUGUUCGCCUCCCAGGACGCCACCAGCAGCGCCUGCACCUGGCUCUUCCAGCUCAUGGCCCAGCGCCCCGAGAUCCUCGACCGUGUCCGCGACGAGAACCUCAAGGUCCGCAACGGCGACCCCAACGGCGAUGUUAGCCUGGACCAGGUCGAGUCCAUGACAUACACGCGCUGCGUUGUCAAGGAGCUGCUGCGCUACCGCCCGCCUGUCCUCAUGGUGCCAUACUUGGCCAAGAAGGACUUCCCCAUCACCGACACGUACACCGUGCCCAAGGGCUCCAUGGUCAUCCCGACGACGUACCUGGCGCUGCGCGACCCCGAGGUGUACGCCAAUCCCGACGUGUUCGACCCGGAGCGCUACUACUCGGGUGACGCCGAGACCAAGGGUGCCAAGAACUUUUUGGUGUUCGGCGUCGGUCCGCACUACUGCCUGGGCCAGCAGUAUGCGCAGAUCAACCUGGCGCUGCUCAUCGGAAUGGCUUCGCUGCAGCUUAAGUGGGAGCACCACGCCACCCCCUUGUCCGAGGAGAUUAAGGUGUUUGCCACCAUCUUCCCCAAGGACGACUGCCCUCUGACGUUCACCAAGCGUGAGUGGUAA